AGCACUUCUGACUCAGCUGACUCUUCGCUGCCCGUCUCAUUCGUACCCUAGGGUUUUGCGUUUUGAGGGUUUCCGACGACUGCCGCAUUCAUGGCGAAGCCUGGCAGAGCUCGGUCCCGAUCCUCCCCGUCUCGGUCGUUCUCCGGCUCUGAUUCCCGAUCUCGAUCUCGCUCUCGCUCCAGGUCACUCUCUUCGUCCUCCUCGCCCUCACGAAGUGUGAGCUCUCGGAGUCGGUCCCCUCCGCCGCAGAAGAGUGGAACCACAGCUGUUAGAAGAGGUCGUUCGCUGACACCGCCAUCUAAAAAAACUUCACCACCGCCUAAAAAAGCUUCACCGCUGCCCAAAAAAGCUUCACCACCGCCCAAAAAAGCUUCACCACCAAGGAAAGCAUCACCAGUACCUGAGUCUGUCGUUCUUCACAUCGAUCACUUAUCUAGGAAUGUCAAUGAAGCUCAUCUUAAAGAGAUUUUCGGCAAUUUUGGUGAGAUAGUCAAUGUAGAACUGGCAAUGGAUCGACUGGUUAAUCUUCCUCGUGGGUAUGGAUAUGUUGAGUACAAGAAGAGAGUUGAUGCUGAGAAGGCUCUUCUUUACAUGGAUGGGGGUCAAAUUGAUGGAUGUAUCACCCGGGUGAGAUUUACACUUACACAACGCCAGAAAGCUUCUUCACCUAUAAAGGUUGUGCCUACUGCUCCAAAGAAGGAAGCUCCACCUAAAGAUAAAGUUGGUCCACCUGCAGAAAAAGAUGUGCCCCCACAACCUAGGGAAACUUCUCCAAGAAGGAAACCUCCCUCUCCACCACGGAGACGGUCCCCUCCAAACAGAAGAGUUGUUUCCCCUAGACGUCGCCCUGAUUCCUCUCCACGUCGUCGUGUGGAAUCUCCUGUUCGUAGACGAGUAGAUUCUCCUGCAAAUCGGCGCACUGAAACAUCACCUCGACGAAGGCCACCUUCUCCUCCUAGAAGACGCUCUCCGUCACCACCUCGGAGGCAUAGAUCACCUGUUCGGAUCUCUCCUAGAAGAGGACGUGGGAGCCCUAUCCGUAAACGAUCUCCUCUUCCACCUAGGAGGCGAUCACCUCCUAGGCGAGCAAGGAGCCCACCAAGGAGGUCACCUCCUCCGCCUCGACAUCGUAGCCGUUCGCCAAUGAGGAGACCUCUACGUUCUAAUUCUAGAUCAAUAUCUCCUCGCAGGGGUCGUGCUCCUCCACCAAGACGGGGCAAUUCAGAAUCGUCAUACUCUGGAUCUCCUAGUCCUCGCAAGGGUGCUCGAAGGAUAUCAAGAAGUCGCAGUCCUAGAAGGCCUGUUAGAGGAAGAAGCAGCAGCAACAGCAGGAGCAGCAGCUCCCCUCCGCCGAGAGGUAAGUAACCACUUAUUGCAGGGACAGUUUGCUACACUGAAUGCUGAAACAAUGUAUCUGAGAUGUGUUGAGCAAGGUUCGACCAGUAGUGAUCAUGCACUUGUAGACGAUUCAUGGGGCACUUUCUUAGAAACAGUUUGAAUAUCUAGUUACUGAAGAGAUUGUUGUAGUAAUACUUCUAUGAAUUUGUCAUUUAAAACUAGCGUUGCAGUGAAUUGUCUAGGUGUUAAUGCAGACAAGUUUGCAUCGAUGGUAAUCUAGUGGGAAGGAAGAGAUAAGAUUCAUGUGGUUGAUGAUGGCUAUACUGUUUGAUGAUAUCCUAGAUGAUUUUCCAAUUUACUUUUCAA